AUGCCUGAUAACCCGUUCCAGCCCUUGGCUGCCCAUCUGCGGACAGCAGGCCCCCAAAGGACACCCAUGAACCCAGGCUCGACCUCGGCAGCACCACCUCCACCAACAACACCCUCGAACAACGCCAACGCAAAUGAUCCGAACGGACAGCACCAACAGCCACGCCGGCGUAAGAAUCACCGGGGUGGAGCCAAGAAGAAGCGCAACCGCCGCAAGUCCUUCGCCAUUUUGCCCGAGGAGUCGCACGACGAAGCUGCUGCGUCAGCGCCCGAUCGUGACGAGUUUUACCGUCAGCGCAAUAAUCUGAGCAAUACGAGCAUCGAAAGCGAGGCGCUUCUGGAUCAUCGGGAACAACAACCGCCGCUCCGACCUCGAAGACCGUCCAUCAUGAAUGCUUCUACCCCAUUCUCCGCCACAACGACAACGACGCCGCAGACGGGCAGCAGGUUGCGCAAUGCUUAUGUCGGAGAUAGUGCAGAGGAUGAUGAAGGAUCGUGGGACGAGGGUGCGCCUUUGUUGUCCAGGUCUAUUCAGCGCUCUUCCACUGCCCCAUUGUAUUCCGGCUAUGGCUCAAACGACCCUCGCCAGCGUAUGAGCCGACGCGGGUCUAGCAGAUCCUCCAGAACGAAGCUUGCAACUCCUUUUCAAAACGACAGCUAUAACGUCAACUAUCCCCCGUCGAUGCCCGGAUCACCCACAUUCCGGCCCUCAGACCCAUUGAACCUGAGCUUCGGGGAUGUUAUGAUCCAUGACGACGAGAUUGACAUACAUGCUUCGCCAUGUAACAGUCACAGGGGGAGCGUGGACUCCCGCUCAGAUCGAGACAGUCGCAAUGAUUCAUCGCCGGAUAUGGCACGGAGGAACAAUAUCGCCUUGACUGCCCAGGAGGACGUUUGUUUUCCGAGCGGCAUCUCCGAAAUUGGGGACGAGGAGGGGCACUCGCAGGACCCAGAAGCUAAGCAACGCCCGAGGCGUCGUCGCCGCCGUUGGCCGGAUCUCGCCAUUCUGGAAGAAUGGAGCCGCUUCGAAAAGGAAGGCCGCAGCGAAGAGAGACGCGUCAAGCGCAUUACGGAGCCUCAGCUUAUCAACGGUCGCCUACGGCCCAUUACCCGAGAAUGGUAUCGUGCGGAGGAAGACGCGCCUUACCGGUUCACUUAUUUUAACGAGGAGUUUCAGAGCACUAUUCACAGUCAAACUAUAUCGGAGCUCGUGCAACCGGGCGGGAACUUCCAGGAGCUGUUCAUUCCGGAGCCACGCGUCCUUUCCGAUGACGAGAGUGAGGAUAGCGGCGAGGAGGAGGCUGGCUUGUUGCCGCUCUCCACACAUCAUUCCCACACUGGACAGAAUGGAGACUCCCGGGAUCCGAAACGGCAACCAUCCUUGGCAAACACUCAAACGGAUGGUGAGAAACGGGAUGGUGUCAAGUCACCAGACAAGACUUCGGGAGGCAGCUCUCGUGCGGCGUCUGUUCAUCAUACACCCACUGGUGUCAGAUCGCCGGUUGUAGGCAACCAGGCCACACAGACGCCGGAGUUACUUGACAACACACCAAGGUAUGGCGAGAGACCUGUGUGGUGGCUAGACGUCCUCUCCCCGACCGAAGCAGAGAUGAAGGUGCUGUCCAAGGCUUUCGGUAUUCACCCGCUUACAGCCGAGGACAUCAUGGUCCAGGAGGCGCGGGAAAAGGUAGAGUUAUUCCGGCACUACUACUUCGUCAACUACCGAUCUUUUGAUCAGGACCAAAACAGCGAGGACUAUUUGGAACCCGUCAACAUGUAUGUCAUCGUCUUCCGCGAGGGUGUCAUCAGCUUUCACUUCUCCAUGACGCCACAUCCCGCCAACGUGCGUCGUCGUAUCCGUCAGCUCAAGGAUUACCUGAUUGUAAACUCUGAUUGGAUCUCGUACGCCAUUAUUGACGACAUCACGGACGUGUUUGUGCCGCUGAUUCAAAACAUCGAAGACGAAGUCGACGACAUAGACGACGAGAUUCUGAAGCUUCACUCCACAACUGGCAACACCAAGAACGACGUAGCCGACGAGAAGGCAAGCAAUGCUGGAACGUCAGUAGGAUCUGAAGGUGAUAUGCUUCGAAGAGUGGGCGAUUGCCGCAAGCGUGUCAUGAGUCUUUACCGUCUACUUGGCAACAAGGCCGAUGUCAUCAAGGGCUUCGCGAAACGUUGCAACGAGCGCUGGGAGGUGGCCCCGAGGUCGGAUAUAGGGCUAUACCUGGGCGAUAUUCAGGAUCAUAUUGUAACCAUGACGUCUAACCUCAGUCACUACGAAAAAAUCCUAGCCCGGUCUCAUGGAAACUAUCUGGCGCAGAUCAACAUUCGUAUGAAUGAGCGACAGGAGAAGACGGCGGACGUACUCGGCAAGCUGACUGUGCUGGGCACCAUCGUGCUGCCCAUGAACAUUAUCACAGGCUUGUGGGGUAUGAACGUCUGGGUGCCCGGCCAGGAGUACGAGGGCGACUUGAAAUGGUUCUGGGCGAUCACGGCAGGCCUCUUGGCAUUUGGUAUGGGAUGCUACCUGAUUGCGAAGCGGGUUUAUAAUAUAGUGUAA